UCGAUUAGCCAGGAGGGCUGACGUGCGACCCACGUAACUAGAGGGGCUACUUGAUAGAAUGUGGAUAGUGAAUUGUCUUUUUUACCAAACGUCCAUCUACGAAAACAACGCUGUACCGUGUAGCUGCUGCUGUUCAUCAGUCAAUUCGUCCACAUCCAGUGUCAGCGUACAGUGACAACAUGCAAGGCAGGUGGGAACCAUGAUGCUGAAAUGUGAUGUUUGACCUCCAAAUUCUCUUGGGAUGAAUAAGAAAACAACCCCAUGGAACCCUCCAGUAGCUUCCAGUAUGUCGUCAGCACUGGAGGCCAGUAUGUACAACAGUAUCCAGGCCAUCCUCAGACAGGCUGCCUCCUCAUGCAACAAAGGCAUGCUGAGGUGGACUCUUCAUAAGAAGGUGGAGACCCAUCCAUCUAACAGUGUCUCACUGGUCAGGGUUCUGGUCAAAGAGCUAGAGAAGGUGGAGAGGCUUGACUAUAAGAUGCAUGUCAUUCCAUUGCUUCACACUCUCAACUACGUUAUUAUUCAGCAGUCUAGCCACAUUCCAUGUAACCUGUUUCAGAGAGUAUAUGAGUGCUUCAAAAGGCUCCUAACACUUCCAGAGCCCUACUGUACUAUCGCACUGAGAUACAUGAGAAGCAUAAAGAUGGAGCAGAUCACACCAGGAGCUUUGUAUCAGAGAAGGGUAAUUGCUGAGCAGAGCCUAAAGAACAAACAUUUCCCCCAGCAGGAAAGGGUAUUUGUGUUUGCAGACCCGGCUGUGUUCUCAGGGUCCCUUUGGCAGGCGGUGAGGGCAGACCUGGUGCUGGCCGGCCCCCAAAGUGACACACUGGCAAGACGGGUACUACUGCACACUCUGCAGGCUGGACUGGGGAAGGCCUGUCAUGGUCCCAUACUGACUCAAGCUCUGGAGGAUUUAGGAGAAGAUGUGGAGCAGUACUUCCAGGAGGUGGUGUUAGCUGUAGAGCAGAGUAUAGAGAACGGCGAGGCAGGCCGUGACCAGCACAAAACCAGGCUACAGCACAUCUACAGUGACAUCCUGACCUCUGCUAACCAAGACCCAAAGGCCCAUGGCUCUCUUUCUAACACUCCAUUGCCCUCGCCAGAGAUUCACUUCCACCUUUGGACAAAUGAAGAGGAGCUGUGGAGUGAGCUGGUGAACUUCACCCUCAACGUUUCCACCUCUGAGCGGAACUCUAUGUACCAGGAGGAGGAAGAGGAGGAUGUUUCUAAGAGGGUUUCCCUCCUGUCUGUUGAUAGCGGAAUAGAGAAGGACCUGUCUGACAUGGAGGAGAGGGAACAGAGGAAUCCAUUCACCCGGUCACGGUCACCGUGUUUCAGAGGGAGAAUGAAGCCAGAAGACAAAAUGGCUCUGGUACAGGAAAACAUCAAGGGGCCCACCUGUAGCACCCCUCUCCCUAAAGAGGAGGGGAACCUUACCGCACGCAUAGUGGUGAUGGGAGACGACAGGGUGCUCGGGAGACUGGCCAAGGCGUAUCACUCCAUCCGAAAAAGGGAGGCAAAACAUCUCAUCUUGACCAAGAGAGUGAACCUACAGAUAUACUACAUCCCUGUCACUGAUGAGCCUAUCGUCAAUUCACCUGAAAACACAUCACAAGUUGGAGACAGGUUGUCUCUAGCCUCGUUCUUAGGAAGGGUCGAUCCCUGGUACGAAAGCAACAUCAACAGUUUGGGAGCCAUGAUUCCAAAGCUGGCAGGAACGCAGGCCAGUCACAGCAGGUCAUCAGAACCCAACCACUUCCUUGUGGACGUCCUCUCCUACUACCUUCGCUGUGGCCUACAGCCUGUCCACUUCACACUCUACUCUGUCAAGAUCUCUGUCUCUGGCCAGACUGGCAGCCCUGUGAACGAGGUGUUUGUGUCCCACCUGGAUGCUGAGUUCCCGGAGUUUAAAACACUCAGAGAAAAUCUAAAACAAGAGAGAUCUAGUCUGCGACGAACAAGGAAGACACAUGGACCCUGUGGAGCGGUGGUUUCUAUGAAUUACACUAAGGUCUCCUUGAGCAAACAAGAGGUUGUCCAGGGAAUGUCAGUCAUGACUUGUGGAGUGGUCAUCAGUGCAAUAUCACCCAAUGAAACAGAAGGUCUUGAUUCCCUAACUGUCCAUUUUGACAGUACAAAUCCCAGAUGCUGCACGGAGAUCAGAACCCAAAACAUUAAAAUCAGAAUCCUGGAGGAUAAGACCUUCACUGUUUGUCUGGACAAAGACUGUCGCAGGAAAUACACACAUGUGCAAAGCAUUGAGAUCUCUCCAUGUUUGGAUCCAGGGUAUUGCCUCCAGACAAGUUCCAAGUUCAGUGUGGGAGAGGAGAGGGAGGCGGGGCUGCACAAAUACAUGUGCAAGAUCCUGCCUCUGCCAAUCAACACCUUCACUGGCAUCAACCACUGAGGGGAUUUGAUUAUUUAGCCCGGGCUCUGUCCCAGGCGUGAGCCAGGUGCUCCGCUCUGGCCAAUGGCGAAGUAAGCUCAAAACAAAAGUGACAUCGGUUAUGAGUAAUGAGUAGGAUUCUGUGUUUUCACAUGCGAAAGGGAUUUAUUUUGAUUAAAAAGUGUUUUAUCUGCCUUCCCAAUGAAAUCUAGUUUGAAAAUUCUAACAUAUAUUUUAUGAAAAGAGCUGUUGUAUGUAUUUUUUUAAUAUUUUUAUUAUGAUCCCCAUUAGCUGUUGCAAAAGCAGCAGCUACUUUUCCUGUGUUCCACUCAUAACAUGUAACAUGAUAUAAUACAGAAUAUUAAUAGACAAAAACAGCUCAAGCACAGAACUACAUAACAAAAAACAUUUUGGAAUACACACGUAGCCUACAUAUCAGUACAUACACGCAAACUAUCUAGGUGAAAUAGGGGGAGGUGUUGUGCCGUGAAGGGUUACUUUAUCUGUUUUUUUAAACCAGGUUUGCUGUUUAUUUGAGCAGUAUAAGAUAAUGGCUCAAUAUAAUACUGUACGCUUUCUCAAAUUUGUUCUGGGUUUGGAGACUGUGAAAAGACCCCUGGUGGCAUGUCUGGUUGGGUACGUGUGUGUGUCAGUUGUAGAUUGACGAUGCAAACAAUUUGGGAUUUUCAACACAAUGUUUCUUAUAAAAAGAAGUGAUGCAGUCGGUCUCUCCUUUAUAUCAGCCCUCUGUGUCACGCCUGCGCCCACUCUUACCCCCUGGCACUCGAAGGUGCCAGGCUCUCCAGCAAAGCACACUUCUGCCAUCAUCACUACACACACCUGCCUUUCCCCCGUCACUCGCGUCAGAGAUUUUUGGAUUCACCUGGACUCAAUCACCUCUGUCAUUACCUUCCCGAUAUUUGUCUGGUUCCCCGCUCUGUUCCCUGCUUCUGCAUUAAUUGUUGUUUGUCUUUGUUUACCCAUGUGCUGACACUGUUCCUGAUUAAAUGUUUGACUCCCCAUA